UUUUAGUAAUUCAGUCUAAAAAAGCCGUCAGCGACAGAGGUGCAUCGAUUUUCGAUACAGUCGUUUAUAACACUAUAACAUAGAACAAUAGCAAAAUGGGUUGUGCAACGGCAUUGAUCAAAUAUCUUGUUUUCAUAUUCAAUGCUCUCUGCGCGAUUUUGGGCAUUACCGUUGUUGUGGUUAACUCGAUUGCCCUUAAAGAUGUUGCAGAGGAGACACGCCCCAUUGUUAUAUUCUUCAUUGUGAUCGGUUCGAUUGUCUUUCUGAUCUCAUUCUUUGGCUGCUGUGGCGCCAUCAAGCAAAACACAUGCCUCACCUGGAUGUAUUCAAUUAUUAUGCUGAUCAUCUUGGUGUUGUCCGCCGUGCUGUGCUUUGCCUAUGUGAGGAAUAUUGAUGAAUCGCAGAUCGCGCAUGAACUAUUGAAUACUGCCUGGAGCAAGCAGCAGAAUGGCACGGAUGCCAUGGCCAUCUAUCAGACGACGUUCAAAUGUUGCGGCAUAUCUGGUCCCAUUGACUAUACCAAAUCGAAUCUAACACUGCCGACCAGCUGUUAUGUAACAAAUAGCACCACUACUACGUCUACCCACACAGUUUACCCCGAUGGCUGCUUAAACAAAUUGAUCGAUUUCUACGAGCAGGCCAUUAAAUUGGUUAGGGUAUUUGGCUGGAUUUUGAUAGCCGUUGAGGCCGCUGCCUUUGUGUGUGCCACGAUUUUGGGCAUUCACUUCAACAACGAGCAACGUCGUUCCAGAUAUUAGGCGAGUUCCUAAAUAUGUUCCAUUUGCAUAAUUUUAUACUUCAAAAAUGUUCCAGGAGUUUGAGUAGAAACUAAUAAA